AUGAGCGGGGGCCCAAGCCUCCGGCGCCGCCGUCUCCAUAGCCGCCAGCCUCCGGCGCGCCAGCCUCCAUCGCCGCCAGCCUCCGGCGCCGUCCGCCUCGGCGCCAUUCGCCUCCGAUGCCCGUCGUCCGCGACGCCCCCGAGCCGCGCCAGUCGCACCAAGAAGCGCCUGCUGCGCCCGAUGCGGGACUCAAGCAUUGAUUGCCUCUGUUGUCGUCCCGACCCAAGUCCUGUGAAGUCCCUGGCAUCAACAUCUUUACGUCUCCGAGCAACCGUCCCACGCCUUCUCCACGGCAUCCCGCCGGGCGCUGAACACCGCGGCUCGCUGCCCGACCUGUCCAGCCUCCACUUCCCCUCGCCGCUGCCCACGCCACUGGACCAGGACGAGCCGGGCUACCCAGGAUCCUCCUCUCUGAGCGGGGGCAGCAGCACGGGGAACCUGGCCUCCACGCUCACCCAGCUGGGCAUCAACGCUGCCAACGCACAGGCCGGGCAACGGCAGCUUCCACCACCACACGCCAGGCAGGAAGCUGCCGUCAGCUCAGCCUCAGGCUCCAGCCUGGAUCCUCCUAGUGGUCUCCUGGCGUCCCUACAGAACACGCUCAGUAACCCCUCCCUGCAGUCGUCGCUGAGCAACCCCAACAUCCAGUCGUCGCUGAGCAACCACUCCUUCUCCAACUCCUUGAGCUCUGCGUCGCUGCACUCGUCGCUUAGCAACCCCUCGCUGUCCCUCAGCCCCUCCCCCUCCCUGCCGUCCUCCCUCAGCAGCCAAUCGCUGCACUCCUCCCUCAGUAGCUCCUCCCUCCAGUCGGUGUCCAGCGGUAACCCCGGCUACAGCAGCAGUGGCGGUGGCGGCUCGUCAUCAUACUCGCCGCUGCUCGCCGGGCAGGGCCAGCCGGCAAUCAGCACGUCGCCAAGGAGACGGGCGCAGCUCUCGCCGCUCAUCCUGCCAAUGGGAGGGGAGACGAGGAGGCAUCACUCCAAACAGUUCUCCCCCACCAUCUCCCCCACGCUGUCCUCCAUCACACAGGGCGUCCCUCUGGACACCAGCAAACUGCCUCUGGACCAGAGGCUUCCUCCGUACCCACUCAGCCAGUCGCACCAGCACCAGCCAGGCUCCCACCAGCCUCCCCCCGGCCUGCAGGGCUCCCAGCCCGGACAGCAACCCUCUCACAUGAGCCAGCAGCACCAACACCAGCAGCUGCAUCGCCUCCAGCAGACUCAGCAAAUGCAGCAGACUCAGCAAAUGCAGCAGACUCAGCAAAUGCAGCAGACUCAGCAAAUGCAGCAGACUCAGCAAAUGCAGCAGACUCAGCAAAUGCAGCAGACUCAGCAAAUGCAGCAGACUCAGCAAAUGCAGCAGACUCAGCAAACGCAGCAAAUGCAGCAACAGACGCAGCAGCAGCAGAUUCAGCAGAUGCAACAACAGCAACAGCAACAGUCCAUGCAGCAGCAGCUCCACCUGCAGAACCUACGCAACUCACACAACCAGCACGUGCAGCAGCACUUUGAAUCGCAGCAGCAGCAGCAGCAGGCGAACUCGCAGCAGAUAAAGAACGAGCGGCUGAUGGAUCAGUGUGUCCAGAGCUCCUCUCAGCAUCACGUCAAACAGGAAGCGGAGCAGCAGCGAGCCGGGGGCGGCCUCCCUCAGCUCCAACAGAUCAGCCACAACCUCGCCACAGACCUCUACAACGAUGCCUUGUUCAACUCUCUGCUGGACGACCCCUACCUGAGCCUCCAGCUCACCGGCAAAUCCAACCAGCAGUUCAGCGGCGAGCACCAUGGCGACUGUCUGUCUCUGAACCACGGCGGUCUGAGCUGCGGCGGCUCCGAUAAGAACCAGUACCCCUCCGACAGCGGGGGCCACCUGGACCUGCAGGACCCCAGGGACCAGCAGCUCCUCAACCACCAGAACCAGAACUACGGCGGCGGGGACGCACGGCACAACGUGCCCAACAUCAUCCUCACUGGGGACUCCCCUCCGGGUCUGUCUAAAGAGAUCGCCAGCGCUCUGUCCCACGUGCCGGGCUUCGAGAUGGACCCUUUCUCCCUGGACGACCCGCUCCGCAUGGACCCGCUGGCUCUGGACAUGCUGGAUGGUGACCUGAUGCUCGCCGACCCAGCAGUGGAGGACUCUUUCCGAUCCGACCGGCUGAAGUGACCACCGCACU